CGAAUUCACAGUUGUCUUUCCUUACUUGCCACUUCAGUCAAUGUUGUAAACAACGUGUUCGAUUUCAGUAACGUGGUGUCAACAACGCUUGAGAAAUAAAACCGCACCAGUCACACCUGCACUUUAAAAAAGGUAGACUUCUUGGAAUGGCGUUGAAGCGAGUUUUGAUCACUGGAGCGUCAGGACUGUUGGGGAGAGCUAUAUUUGGGGAGUUUUCUGCUGAUGCAUCAUGGGAGGUUCUUGGGCUAGCUUUCUCAAGAAGUAGGGACAAACUGAAAAAGGUUGAUUUAACCGAUCCCAGUUCCGUCCAGCAAGUUGUACAAGACUUCAAGCCGUCUAUUGUAAUCCACGCAGCAGCAGAAAGACGCCCUGAUGUUGUCGAGAAACAAGACGAGGCCACACAAAAGAUCAACAUUGAUGCUACACGGACCCUGUGUACAGAGGCAGGCAAGGUUGGUUCAUGGGUGCUGUUUGUGAGUACCGACUAUGUCUUUGAUGGGUCCAAGCCUCCAUACACAGUGACAGACCAGCCUACCCCUCUCAACAAGUAUGGCCAGAGUAAAUACCAAGGGGAGAGGGUCACACUGGAAACUAGCAAAGAUAAUGGUGUCCUGCGUGUCCCCAUUCUGUAUGGAGAAGUGGAGUAUCUGGGGGAGAGUUCUGUCACAGUUUUGUUUGAGAAGGUAAAGGACACCACAAAGACAUGUGUCAUGUCUGACUACGAACGUCGGUACCCCACAACCUGCCAGGACGUCGCGGUCACCAUCCGACAGUUGUCAGACAAGAGACUACAGGAUAGCUCCAUCAACGGCAUAUUCCACUGGAGUGGUGAUGAAAACAUGACCAAGUACGACAUGGCUGUGGCGAUGGCAGAGAUAUUCAACCUCCCGACUAGUCACAUCGAAGCCGACAAGAAGCCGUCCCCUGGAGUAACGCGGCCCUUCAACUCCCAGUUGGACUGUUCCCGUCUCGAGGCGUUGGGCUGUGGACAGAGGACCAAGUUCAAAGAAGGCAUCGCACACGUUCUCCAGAACUACAAACCAUAGACACGCAUUGAAGCAAAGGAGAUGCAUGUGGAAGAUUACAUUUACUGAGUAUUACAUAUGGUGUUAUCUCUAUUCAUGAAGGAUAUAUUGAUUUACUUUUCCUGCUGAUUUUACAAAGGUAAAGUGGACACAGUCUAAAUCUUUGUAUUGAACAAAUAUGGUGCUUAGUCUGAAGAUCAAACAUGAAACACCAACCUAUCAUGACAUCAGGUGAGCAGACUACCAUGCACCGCUCGACUACCGUAGUCUAAACACCAACCUAUCAUGACAUCAGGUGGGCACACUACCAUGCACCGCUCGACUACCGUAAUCUAACCAGGUGACUUGUCCCAGUUCAUUAACACAUCCUACGGUGAUGGAAUUAGAUGGUUUUAGAAGGUGUACCUGAUACAGUGUUUCUCUUCAAAAACUUGUUUUCCGAAUUUUCUAUUGUUAUUUCCUUUCACAUUCGACUAGAAGUAAUUGUAAGAUAAUUUGAUCUUCAAAUUUGGGGGGGCCGGGGAGAUUUGUCAUCUUCUGAUGACUCUUGUUUUGUCUCAGUUAAGACACUAAUAUAUUAAAUAGUGGAACAGAAAACAUUACCAAAAAUCUUCUCAGCAACAAUUUUAGACAUGGAAAGAUAACAGUUCAAUUAUUAAGAUCAUAUAUAUCAUAUCUAGGCUUCCCUAUACACAAUAGGGGGGCGGGGUAGCCUAGUGGUGGGCUCCCCUAUACACAAUAGGGGGGCAGGGUAGCCUGUUGGUAGGCUUUACUAUACACAAUAGGGGGGCGGGGUAGCCUAUUGGUAGGCUCCCCUAUACACAAUAGGGCCGAUGGGGUAGCCUAUUGGUAUGCUCCCCUAUACACAACAGGGGGGCGGGGUACCCUAUUGGUGGGCUCCCCUAUACACAUUAGGGGCUGGGGGUACCCUAUUGGUAGGCUCCCCUAUACACAAUAGGGGCGGGUAGGCUCCCCUAUACACAAUAGGGGGGUUGGAGGAGCCUAGUGGUGGGCUCCCCUAUACACAAUAGGGGGUGGAGGAGCCUUGUGGUGGGCUCCCCUAUACACAAUAGGAGGGCA